AAGUAACAGACCGGGAAGAUAGAACCCUUUUUUUGAAAAAGGUUCCUAUGCUCCCCAGUCUCAUACAAAGAGGGGGACCCGGGGAACAUAGACAUGCUCCCAGCUAAUGCUAGUGUAAAUGGUGCUAAUUUAGUGCAAUUUCAGAUGAGAUUUUGUGUGAACAUUUGUGAGCGUGCUGUGUGGAGAAUGUUUAGCACAAAUUGCCCACUGUUAAGAAAAUGACAAGAUUUUUUUUUUACAAAUGUCUUAUGUUGGCACUUGCCAGCCACCACUGUUGGUGAUGAUUUGAUAAAGAAUUUGCCAGUGGCUCAUGCUAAUGAUUGUUAAUGUUUACCUUGUGUAAUUUAAUUUUUGUGUAACUUGUUUAUAAAAAGACUUAAAGUGACUUGUUGUUGACGUACAAAAUAUCUAAAAUAUUGAGCAAAAGAGGGUAAAAACAUGGUUUUGACAGUUUUGUCUUAUGUAUGGUUGUGGUUACAGACAACUACAAGGAGUUGAUGGGGAAAAAAGAAGCCUUCCUCAAGGAUGAGGAUAUCUCUUGCACAUGGCAGUUGCAAGAAGGACCACACCUUGUACCACAACACAUGAUGGAAGCAAACCAAAGAAAAAAAGAAUUACGGCAACUUCCAGUCUCACUUCAGAUGAUGAUGAAACACAGAUUGACCCAUCACGAGUUCUUCAAACAAAUAAGCCGAAGAUGACAAAGGCUGCAAAAGACCGAGCCCUUGCCCAACUGAAAUCCUCGCUGCUGAGAAGAAAGCAAACAACCUCCACCCCCUUGACAAAUGAAGACGAUACAGACAUAGACACCAAUGUGGACUUAUUUGACCCACCUCAGGCUUCGGGAUCAAGUGACCUCUCCCAAGGGGAAAGUGAAGAGGAGAGUGUCCUGAUGGAUCAGCCCAGAUCCAGUGUUGGCAUGCAACAGGAAGUGAUGGAUGCUCUGAAAGAAAUACCAGCCUUAGUCAAGUGUGUCAAAGAUCUUAUUGCAACCAUGAAGAGAAUGCCACCUGUCAUGGACACUGACAGUACAUGUUCUGGCUCUUCCAGUCCAGCUCCAGAAAUGAUUUCCCUUGGCAACAAGGGGGUGCAGGUCAGCAAAACCUGUUUCAAAAGACUCAACCGAACAAGAAUGUCCCUGUUCACACAGGACUUAGCUGUGCUCCUCUUUGGGCGGGAUGUUUUGGCAUCCUCGACUCUCACAGGAAAACCAGGGCUUACUGGAACAGUGAAAGAGCAGCUAAAUCCGGAAAAGCUGAGUGCCCUUGUUGAUACAGUUAUUGCUGAAUUUCCAGGAACAAAUGUGUCUGAUGUGAGGGCAGUGAUUCAGAGAAAAUGUAACAAUGAGAAUUUUGUGAGCAAAAAGAAACAGUAAGCAGUAAAUCAGUAACUGUUUGUAAUAAUUUCUUGUUUGUUUUUUCUUUGGUGGACAUACAUUUUGAGUUUAAACAAACUGUGUAAAAGUUUAAACAAUCUGUCCACCUAUGUAAAAGUUUCAACAGUCAGUUUAAUGUUUAUUAAUGUUUUCAAAAGUCAGUUUCAGUUUAAUGUUCAUCCCUGUCAUUACUAGAAAUGGUACGAUGAAGAGAAACAGUUUGAAAAUGUUGUUAAAGAUGUAUUUUGUAUCCUGUCAUGCCGUGCAUGUUAAAAAUAAACGUUAUUUCUACCUCAA